AUGGCGCAAAAUCUAUGUUGGAACCAAGCCAUAAGCCUUGUCGAGGACAUGGUGAAAAAUGGAGUCGCAAGUCUUGGUUCCAUCAUGCAUUUCGCGAAUCUACGUUGGAAUCAUAUGGCGCAAAAUCUAUGUUGGAACCAAGCAAUAAGCCUUGUCGAGGACAUGGUGAAAAAUGGAGUCGCAAGCAUGAAUAUUGGUUCCAUCAUGCUUUUCUCGACCACUUGGUUCCAUCAUACGAUUAAUCUAUCCGAUUGGUUCCAUCUUAGCAAUCGCCCAUCUGAAAAUCUCUAUGCUUACCUGAACAAUAGCUUCCGUAAUCUGUCCCAAAAGGACAAAUCUGAGUUGCUCUCAGCAGAGAUGGAGAACAUCAGGAAAAUAAGCAUGGGCUGCAAGUCCUACACUCUAGUUCAAUGGGUUCUCAGUGUUCUGUGUGGUGGACAAGAGCUUUGCUCGUUUUGUCAGAUCUGGGCUAAAACGCGUCUUUCGCUAGCCGAUGCAGCGGUUCCAGGACUUGGCGCGGCGCUCGGUCUGUGGACCUUGCCGCGCCUCGGGCCCGGGUGCGAGUCGCUCGGGAAAGACCAUCGGUCGAAGGCGAGCAACUUAGUUCGCGUCGGGGCAGCCCUUCCAGGGCUCGAGCGGGCCGCGGCAUCUCGAGUAAACACCGCCUGGAAUGUCCCUCCCGAGUGGCCUGUCAAGGUUGCCGCGGCCCGAACGCCGCAUGCAUUGCGCAGUGAGCGCCGUGUCACCCGCGGCGCCGCGCGCCUCCCGGAGCCGGACUAUCGUAAAGAUGUACUCGACGCUACAACUGGAGCCUUCUCCGAAUUUCCAUUACUUGACCCCAACAACAUCAUGAAGUUUGUAUAUCAACUUAAUGAGAAGACAGGGUCUAUGUCAAAUUAUGACACCUAUGCAUACAGAACCAAGAAAGAGCUCAUGCGAGAGGUCAUUCCGGCCAUGUGGCGUCAUGAAAUAAAUUCCCCCUGCUUCACUCGCUAUCGGCUGAUUACGAUUCAGCCGGCUGCGUGCACGCCCGUGCUCGGCUCCUGCGCCGCGUUGGGCGUCGUGGAGUGGUUCUACGGAACCGCAGACCCCGAUUUCCUAUGGCGAAGUGGUCUCACUUCUACCCCGCGUGGACUGGAACAUGCCGAACGCGGCACGCGAAGUGGUGCGUCCAUCGUCGAACGACCAUUCGGAUCCAAAGUCCGAUGUGCGCGCAAUGGUGGCAUGGCAGCCUUUGUAGCCCCAUAUCUCAGCGAAUACGCAGAGAUGGACAACGAUCUCAGUGGCUGCAUGGACCACAUCUUCACGCACGACGCGCCGGUGAAAACGGGACGUCCAGGCGCUUGCGUGGCGACUCAGUUGGGGCGGUUUUAG